GCUGAAACGUGCAACUUAUUCCUUUCUCAUGACUAGAAUCUUACGCUGCUGUCCUUGUGAAUUUGUUUUUCUUUACGAGCUUUGCUAUCUGACUUCUUAACUGCCUGCAUAUUUCCUUUGCUAAAUGCCUAGAUCAGUCAACUGAUCGUUCGAAGAUCACGCAUAGGCGCCUUGCUCGGUUCUUGCGCGUACUGAGGGCGUCUGUCCUCCCAGCGACACAACCGUCAUGGCACACAAUUAUGAAGUCGGGACUAGGGCCUGGCAGCCAGAUCCCACAGAAAGCUGGGUUGCCUCUGAGGUCUCGGAGAAAAUAGUUGAUGGGGACAAGGUUCAACUUGUGUUUUCACUGGAAAAUGGGGAGUCGAAAACCUUGGAAACCACGCAAGCCGAACUUUUGGUGGACAAUAAUCCCAAUCUUCCCCCAUUAAUGAACCCCGCGAUGCUUGAAGCUAGCGAAGAUCUCACGAAUCUUUCUCAUCUUAAUGAACCUGCUGUUCUACAGGCUAUCAAGCUACGCUAUGCACAAAAAGAGAUAUAUACAUACAGCGGCAUUGUGCUCAUUGCAACCAAUCCCUUUGCAAGGGUGGACUCACUCUAUGUCCCGCAAAUGGUGCAGGUGUAUGCUGGUAAACAUCGAGCAUCACAGGCACCUCAUCUCUUCGCGAUCGCUGAGGAAGCAUUUGCUGAUAUGUUACGAGACGGCAAAAAUCAAACAAUCGUGGUAUCGGGCGAGUCUGGUGCUGGAAAGACUGUCAGCGCCAAAUACAUCAUGAGAUAUUUUGCGACUCGCGAAUCCUCUGAUCAGCCUGGGAAAUAUACCACCAGCAGGGCCGAUGCGAUCAGCGAAACUGAAGAGCAGAUUUUAGCAACAAACCCCGUGAUGGAAGCCUUCGGAAACGCUAAGACCACUCGCAACGACAACUCCUCUCGCUUUGGGAAAUAUAUCGAGAUUAUGUUUGAUGACCGAACGAACAUUAUUGGUGCUAAGAUCAGGACGUACUUGCUGGAAAGGUCCCGGCUGGUAUUCCAGCCCCUCAAGGAGCGUAAUUAUCACAUUUUCUAUCAACUGGUUGCCGGUGCAACGGAUGCGGAAAGGGAAAGCCUUGGGCUUGCCCCGGUGGAAGAUUUUGACUACCUCAACCAAGGCGGCACGCCAACUAUUGACGGAGUCGACGACAAAGCAGAGUUCAAUGCCACGAGAAAAUCACUCGCCACUAUUGGCGUCUCAGAGCAAACACAAGUUGAUAUCUUCCGUAUCCUUGCAGCUCUGCUGCAUUUGGGAAACGUCAAAAUCGCCGCCACGCGCACCGACUCUUCUCUGGCACCUUCUGAGCCUAACCUUGUCAAAGCAUGUGAAAUGCUCGGGAUUGAUAAUGGGGAGUUUGCUCGAUGGAUAGUGAAAAAGCAGCUCAUUACGAGAGGCGAGAAGAUCACCUCAAAUUUGACUCAGCAACAGGCGAUAGUUGUUCGAGAUUCGGUUGCAAAGUUCAUUUAUUCCAGCCUGUUCGAUUGGCUCGUGGACAAGAUCAAUCGCGGUUUAGCCACUGAUCAAGUUUUGAACAAAUUCAGAGCUUUCAUUGGUGUUUUGGACAUCUAUGGAUUUGAGCAUUUUGCAAAAAAUUCAUUUGAGCAAUUUUGCAUCAACUAUGCCAACGAAAAAUUGCAACAAGAGUUCAAUCAACAUGUAUUCAAGCUUGAACAAGAAGAAUAUGUGCGCGAGCAGAUUGAUUGGACCUUCAUUGACUUCUCGGACAACCAACCGUGCAUUGAUCUCAUUGAAGCAAGAUUGGGCAUAUUGUCACUUUUGGACGAAGAAUCUCGGCUGCCCAUGGGCUCGGACGAACAAUUUGUGACUAAACUGCAUCACAAUUUCGCGGCUGAUAAACAAAAAUUCUACAAGAAGCCUCGAUUCGGGAAAUCUGCAUUCACCAUCUGUCACUAUGCUGUUGAUGUUACCUAUGAAUCGGAUGGUUUCAUAGAGAAGAAUAGGGAUACCGUCCCCGACGAGCACAUGGAAGUCUUACGCAAUUCUUCCAACGGAUUCGUGAGGGAGAUUCUAGAUACUGCUGCUAUCGUUCGAGAGAAAGAUUCCGCUUCCAUUUCAUCUAAGCCUGUUGCUGCACCUGGACGCAAGAUUGGCGUUGCUGUCAAUCGCAAACCCACUCUUGGAGGAAUCUUCAAGUCGUCACUCAUCGAGCUCAUGAACACCAUAAACUCCACGGAUGUGCACUACAUUCGUUGCAUCAAACCAAAUGAGGCGAAGGAGUCAUGGAAGUUCGAAGGGCCGAUGGUUCUCAGUCAAUUAAGGGCUUGUGGUGUGCUUGAAACUGUUCGAAUCAGCACUGCUGGAUAUCCUACUCGCUGGACCUAUGAAGAGUUUGCUAUCCGUUACUACAUGUUGUGUCAUUCAAAUCAAUGGACGUCCGAGAUCAGAGAAAUGUGCCAUGCCAUUCUGCAGAAAGCUAUAGGGGAUGGUAGUCACCAGAAGGUGGAUAAGUAUCAGCUGGGCUUAACAAAGAUAUUUUUCAGGGCCGGCAUGCUUGCGUUCCUUGAGAAUCUGCGAACGUCAAGAUUAAAUGAAUGUGCUGUAAUGAUACAGAAGAACCUGCGAUGCAAAUACUACCGUCGCAGGUACCUCGACGCUCGCUCUUCAAUUCUUACCACGCAAGCCCUUGUCAGGGGCUUUUUGGCAAGACAGCAUGCUGCGGAAGUGCGUCAAAUCAAGGCUGCCACGACCAUCCAAAGAGUAUGGCGGGGUCAAAAAGACCGCCGAACGUAUAAUGAUAUCCGCCGAAAAUUCAUUCUCUUCGAGUCGGCUGCCAAGGGCUUCCUUUGCCGCAGAAAUAUCAUGAACACUAUCCAUGGCAACGCAGCAAAGAUUAUACAACGGUCUUUUCGUUCUUGGCGGCAACUCCGUGCUUGGAGGCAGUAUCGUCGCAAGGUGGUCAUCAUCCAGAGUCUCUGGAGGGGUAGAGAGGCCAGGACAGAAUACAAGAAGCUGCGAGAGGAUGCGAGAGAUCUCAAGCAGAUCUCUUAUAAGCUGGAAAAUAAGGUGGUGGAGUUGACCCAGUACCUUGAGUCGUUGAAGCGUGAAAACAAGUCCUUGAAUUCGCAACUCGAGAAUUUUGAGACGCAAUUGAAGUCAUGGAGAAGCCGACACAACAAUCUGGAGACCCGUGCGAGGGAGCUCCAGGCUGAAGCUAACCAAGCCGGUAUUACUGCUGCUCGUUUGUCUGCCUUGGAGGAAGAGAUGAGCCAGCUGCAGCAAAACCACGCUGACGGACAAGCGACCAUCAAGCGCCUGCAGGAGGAGGAGAAGGCCACGCGGGAGUCGAUCAGUUCUAAUAAUCAGGAAUUGGAGCGCCUGAAGCAACUCAAUCUAGAGGCCGAGAAUGAAAAGGCUUCUCUUCGUCAACAAGUUGCUGAACUGGAGGAACAACUAGAUGUUGCAAAGAGAACUAUGCCGUCUCAUGGCUUCAAUGAGGAUCAACAAAACGGUGUCUCUAUCCCACCACCCGCCAGUGGAUUGAUCAAUCUCGUCUCAUCCAAGAAGCCCAAGCCCAAGCGACGCAGUGCAGGGGCAGAAAGAACCGACGUCGAUCGCUUCAGUGGUGCCUAUAACCCGCGACCUGUCUCUAUGGCAAUUACAGGUGCUUCAUCACGUCAAAAUCUUUCUGGGACCACAUUUUCACCAGGGCUGGACUCUGUUGAAGCAGAACUUGAAAACCUGCUUUCCGAGGAGGACGAUUUGAAUGAAGAAGUUACAAUGGGUCUCAUUCGCAAUCUGAAAAUUCCGUUACCCAGCUCUACUCCGCCACCGACCGAAAAGGAAGUCCUAUUCCCUGCGUAUCUGAUCAAUUUGGUCACAUCUGAGAUGUGGAACAAUGGCUUUGUGAAGGAGUCAGAACGAUUUCUGGCAAAUGUGAUGCAAUCAAUUCAGCAAGAGGUCAUGCAACACGACGGAGAUGAUGCGAUUAACCCUGGGGCUUUCUGGCUUUCCAACGUACAUGAAAUGCUUUCUUUCGUAUUUCUGGCCGAGGACUGGUACGAAGCCCAGAAAACCGACAAUUACGAAUAUGAUCGUCUUUUGGAAAUUGUGAAGCAUGACUUGGAGAGUCUAGAGUUCAACAUCUAUCAUACAUGGAUGAAGGUGCUCAAGAAGAAGCUGUACAAGAUGAUUGUCCCUGCGAUCAUUGAGUCUCAAUCUCUGCCAGGAUUUGUCACGAGCGAGACAAACCGGUUCCUCGGGAAGCUUCUCCCUUCCAACAACAACCCGGCUUACAGCAUGGAUAACCUCCUCAGCCUUCUGAACAAUGCCUACAAGGCAAUGAAGGCUUUCUAUCUGGAGGACACGAUCAUCACACAGACAGUGACCGAACUCCUUCGCCUUGUUGGGGUCACAGCAUUCAACGACCUCCUCAUGCGGAGGAACUUCCUUUCGUGGAAGCGUGGUCUCCAAAUCAACUACAAUAUAACUCGCAUUGAGGAGUGGUGUAAGAGCCAUGAUAUGCCCGAAGGGACACUACAACUGGAACAUUUGAUGCAAGCUACCAAACUCCUCCAGUUGAAGAAAGCCACUCUCAACGACAUAGAGAUUAUUCAAGACAUUUGUUGGAUGCUCUCCCCGAACCAAAUUCAGAAACUUCUGAACCAGUACCUUGUGGCAGACUACGAGCAGCCUAUCAACGGCGAGAUCAUGAAGGCUGUUGCCUCUCGCGUGACGGAGAAAAGUGACGUGCUCCUCCUGACCCCAGUCGACAUGGAGGACAGCGGUCCCUACGAAAUUGCUGAGCCAAGAGUCAUUACGGCUCUGGAGACAUAUACACCAUCCUGGCUUCAAACUCCACGGCUGAAGCGUCUUGCUGAGAUUGUCUCAGCCCAGGCCAUGGCACAGCAGGAGAAACUCGAUGGACCUGAAACUGGCGCGGAAGCUAGCGAAUAAGCUCCUACGAGCGAAUAGGGGUCAUCGCCUUUUUAUUUAGAUAUACUGGCUGUUUAUGAAAUUUUCCAUCUCUUCUUGUCACAUGCAAUUGGGCUUUAUGUAUGUAUGUCUUGAUCACGAAGGUAGACAGGUAGACAUCUAGGAGAUUCAAC